AUGAACUACUUCCUAGCAACGGGAAAUCUUCGCUCUCCUUCUGGAUUGAAUCUGAUGCAGCAAGCAGGAUUGAGUGUUGUUGCAGAUAAAUUAAAUUUCUUCCGAUAUAUUUCUCACUUCCGCUGUGUUCAUCGUGGAGCUUUCUUUACUGAGAUGAGGACCACCACAGUCAGAAAACUUCGACCAGAAGCUUGGGGUUUUCUUUGUCCUGUUCACACUCCUGAUGGUACACCAUGUGGUCUGAUGAAUCAUCUAGCUGCUCAAUGUUCAAUACAGAAUGAACCUAGCGAUACCAGUGGUAUGAAAGAUGUAUUACUGAGAUUAGGGGUUAUCCCCCUUGACUCUCCCUUAAUCCUUUCUGGUAAAGACUACUAUAGUGUGGUAUUAGAUGGAUGCAUUAUGGGAUAUAUUCAUUUUGAACGGGCUGAACUUUUUACAGAUACGUUACGUGCAUUUAAAACUUUACAACAAGAAAAAGUUCCAAGAACAUUAGAAAUAUGUUUGGUACCAAAGAGUGACUAUGCUAGUCAAUUUCCUGGGGUGUAUUUAUUUUCCAAUGUAGCUCGUAUGAUACGCCCCGUUAUUAACCUAUCCCAUGAUGCAGUAGAAAUGAUAAGUACGUUUGAACAGGUGUAUUUGAAUAUUUGUGUCACAGCUUCAGAAGCUCAUGAGGGGAUAACAACCCAUGAAGAAAUUAAUGAACAGACUAUGUUAAGUGUUAUAGCUAGUUUAACCCCCUACUCUGAUUUUAACCAGAGUCCACGUAACAUGUACCAAUGUCAGAUGGGUAAACAGACAUUGGGAACACCUCUACAUGCCUACCGUUUCCGUGCCGAUAAUAAAUUAUACAGACUGCAGACACCACAAUCUGCCAUGGUACGCCCAGCAGUAUAUGAUGAUUAUAAUAUGGAUGAAUACCCUAUAGGAACUAAUGCUGUAGUAGCGGUCAUAUCAUACACAGGUUAUGAUAUGGAAGAUGCUAUGGUAAUCAAUAAGAGUUCGUUUGAAAGAGGAUUUGGACACGGCUCAGUCCAUAAAACAGAGAGUGUAUUUUGUAUUUCAGGUAAUGAAAAUAAUGAAAUAGAAGGAUUAGAUGUUGAUGGUUUACCGUAUAUUGGUAGAUUAUUACAUCAAGGAGAUAUAUAUUACAGCUAUGUUAACCUCCAGACGGGUGAUACAAAAGUUAUCUAUUAUAAAAACGAAGAGUCAGCAUAUAUAGAACAAAUAAAGUUACUAGGUGAUGAUGAUGGUAAAAUGGAAUUACAGAAAAUUGCCAUAGUUCUUCGUAUACCGAGAAAUCCUAUUAUUGGAGAUAAGUUUUCCAGUAGACAUGGUCAGAAGGGUAUUUGUAGUAUGAUGUGGCCAGUAGAAGAUAUGCCAUUUACAGAAACUGGAAUGACACCAGAUAUUAUCUUCAAUCCUCAUGGCUUUCCCUCCAGAAUGACUAUAGGAAUGAUGAUAGAAAGUAUGGCUGGUAAAUCAGCUGCUUCACAUGGUUUAUGUCAUGAUGCUACACCUUUUACUUUCUCCGAGGAGGAACCAGCCAUUGAUCAUUUCGGUCUCAUGUUAACUAAAGCUGGGUAUAAUUACUAUGGUACAGAAAGGUUAUAUUCUGGUACUGAUGGUAGAGAACUAGAAGUAGAUAUAUUUUUCGGUAUUGUUUAUUAUCAACGUUUACGUCACAUGGUCUCUGAUAAAUUCCAGGUGCGGUCAACUGGACCAGUAGAUGUUUUGACCCACCAACCAGUGAAGGGACGUAAGAAAGCUGGGGGUGUGAGAUUUGGGGAGAUGGAGAGGGAUGCUUUAAUAGCUCACGGAACACCAUUUUUAUUACACGACCGAUUAUUUAAUUGUUCUGAUAAAUCUCUUGCCAAAAUGUGUGUAGAAUGUAAAAGUUUAUUAUCUCCAGUUCUAGAGAAGCCUAAAAACAUCUCAGGGAUGUUGUUUAACAACCAAAAUAAAUGGACGUGUUCUUUGUGUAAAAAAACUGAACCAGUACAAGUUAUAGCAGUGCCUUACGUCUUUCAAGUUUUAGUAGCAGAAAUGGCUGCAAUGGGACUUAAAGUUGUGUUGGACGCAAAAUCAGACAUUUGUUGA